UCCGGCAAUAUCAGCCUUUUUCAUUAUCAGUCGGCUCUCAGAUUGAAUAUGCUGAGAAUAAUUUUAAUAAUAAAUCUCUUCUCUUUUGGCUUGGGUGCCACGCCCAUUGUGCUAUGGCAUGGGAUGGGAGAUAGCUGCUGCAACCCACUGAGCCUGGGUUCUUUUGCGAAACACUUGGAGAAAUCGAUACCCGGCGUUUAUGUCAAGUCGUUGCAGCUCGGGUCGAACGUUUUCGACGAUGUCCUACACGGGUUCUUCAUGGACUCGAACGAGCAGGUGCGCCAAGCUUGCGAGAUGAUACUGAACGAUGAGCGACUCAAAGACGGUUACAACGCCAUCGGAUUUUCACAAGGGUCACAGUUCUUAAGAGCGGUUGCUCAACAAUGCGGUACAAAGAUGCAAAAUCUAAUCUCCUUCGGUGGUCAGCACCAAGGCAUCUACGGCCUCCCUAAGUGUUUCUAUCCUGAAAAACUUUGCAAUUAUAUGAGAUUAUUGCUUAAUAAAUUCGCUUACCAAAGCUGGGUUCAGAAUGAAUUCGUCCAAGCGCAGUAUUGGCACGACCCCCUCCGAGAGAAAGAGUACGUACAAGGCAGUCAUUUCUUAGCGGAAAUAAACAACGAGCGAAAUUUCAACAAAACGUACAGAAAAGGCUUGACGUCGCUCAAGAAUUUCGUCAUGGUCAAGUUUCUGAACGACACGAUGGUCGUGCCGUCUGAAUCAUCGUGGUUCGGCUUCUACACGCCCGGACAGGCAGAGAACAUCACCGCACUGAGAGAUUCGAGGCUUUACAAAGACAACAAAGAUCGUCUCGGGCUGAGGCAGAUGGAUAAAGAGGGGAAAUUGAAAUUCCUCGCUGUCGAAGGCGAUCACCUCCAUUUCAGGGUCAACUGGAUCGAAGAAAACAUCAUCAAACCUUAUCUUAAGUAAUUGAUUAAAAUUUUUAAAUAUUUCUUAUUAAAUGUUUCAUACGAAUCGGACGGUUCUGUCGUCAUUUUUGAAAUACAAUCAAGGGGGAAAAGGCAUACGGAAAAUGGAUAAACCAAAAAUAAUGUAUAUUUCUUAAGUUGUGCUUUCUUUAGUAUAAUAAAUGUGAAGAUUGAUUUCUGUCAUGAAGAAACCACAGAAAA